AAUUGUUUACAUGCUGUAAAACUGUAAAUUCACUGAAAUUGACAGCGUCAGUAAAAAAUUAUUGCAACCACUACGGUUUUUUCGCAAUUUUUAUUUUGUUUAAUGUGGUUGUAGGAUAUAGGUACUACUUUACAUCGUGUUUUAACUCUUCUACAUCGAAGUCAUCAAUGGAGUCUUGACUAUUAUUUUCCUCGCAAGUAUAAUUACAGUGUUAAUAAUUUUAAGAGAUUCGCUGUCAUUCUCCAGAAUGAAAAUGUCUAGUGAAGAAAUGCGGGAGGCUCGACGCCGUAAAAUCCUCGAAAACUCAGAAUCUAGACUGAACAAAAUUCUGAAACGAAGCCCAGAACCAGUUUCAGAGGAAAAGGCGGAAGCUACAAAGAAAAUUCACUCUGUGAACAAUGAGGCAAGAUCAACUUUUCCCUUGCCUGCCUCCGCUAACGAAGACGUAUUUCGGCUCAAAGACGAAACCUCUGAACCUUCUCCCUAUAAAUUUCAAAAAGGGAAGACUGGCGACAGCUUCAACUACCUUAGGAAAUACUUUGUAAUUCUAGCAGUGGUGGUGUAUUUAAUUGUGGCUCAAGGCGGAAAUAAACUUCCCAGUAAAUCCAUAUUCACACCUUUCGCAACUCUGGGUAUUGUGAAACAAUCACUGAUAUUCAGGUACAAAGAACCCUCAUCUUCAUUAUACCUACAAAUAUUAAUUUUGUAUGGUGUGAACGCAAAGCUGCUGUUAAGGCUGUCCAGAGUUCUGAACAUUUUAUAUGAUUUUUUUUUAGACUUUUGUGUCUAUUUCUUCACAUUUGUUUUGCUGCAUUUUAUUUCGGAGGCCUUGAUUUUCUCUUGAUGACUUUUAAUAUCAAAAGCAAAAUAUGCGCUAAUAGAAAAAGAUCAAUCAGUGUUAGGCAGUCUGAAAAACAAGACCUUCAGUAACUUAUUUAUUUAUUCUUUUUAAAAAAAGCAGAAAAAAAUACUUUAUGUUUGGUGACCCUAAUUUGUUUAAUUCAUUAUCUUAAAGUACUGAGGAAGUUGAGCUCCCAGUAAUUUUUUCAGAUUUUUUUUUUUUAAUUGAAUUCACGAAGAAAAUCGAUUUUGAAAUCAAAAUCUGAUCCAUUUGAAACUAUACUUUUGGCGGUCUGUUAUGAUGUAGGCAGCAAGAGAGUCAGCGUUCACUGAUUGGCUGAAGUCCUGCGGGAGACAUAGCCCUCUCACUACAACUGUCGAUCUCUAGUUACUCAGAUUUUAAUCAGCUUUUUCUCCCCUCAGUGGGGACUUGGGGGUGGACUCUUAGGGAUCCAGCAAGGGAACUUUUUAAUUUAAUUUUUGGUAUUUUUGUUUCCUUUUGUUGAUGAAAUCACAAUAAAAUAAAUUGUGAGAUACAUCGCAGGAAUUUAAUACGUUCGUCCUAUUAUCUGGAUAAAAGAGUAAGGAUCGCUAAAGAAUUUUAGGAAUAUCAGCAGCUCUAUUAGGAAUCUUCUAAGCUUGAUCUGAAAGAUUGUCAGAUCAUAAUAUUCCGAGAACAUUUUUGUGGCGAUUGCAGUUUUUAAAAAAUAUUCUAAAAAGAUUCUUAGCUUAUCUGGGCAUUAGAGGGAAUGAUUGAAGAAUAUUCUGAGUAGAUUAUAUUUGCAGAAUAUUCCCUUGCUCAAGGUAAUUAAGUUGAAAAACAUGAGCCAAACCUUUCAUCAGAUGAAGACUCAGUGAGUUUAUGAAGGCAGUGGAUUGCGUCUUUAGCAUCAUCUCUAGAAUUGGAUCUCUAAUGCAAUGACAGAAUUAAUUUUUUGACUGGUAAAAAUGAAGCUUCCUGGAAAAUGUUGAGUUUUAAAAAAUGGACAUAGUCACUGUGCAAUACCAUGCAAUCCGAUGUUCAAUUCUAAAUUUUUUGAUGAACGGUUUUUCCAAUGUUACAGUACUUUCCUUUUAUUCUUAUCAGCAUUAACUGCGGUAGUGGAGGCCUUGCUUCCUUUCUUUCUCGAAAAUUCUUGUCAGUAUUCCGGUUACCGGUAAUUCCCAUUAUUUAAUAUUAUUAUUUCGUAUUAUAAUUAUUUAUUAAGAUACUUCUGUCAAGAUUUGCGUAGAAAUUUCAUGCUGUAAUUAAUUUGUUAUAUGAUGAUUAUUUGUUGCUUGAUAUUCUCUCCAGAAAAGUUCAAAUAUUUUUCUAUUAUAUAAAUUACUUUUACACUUA